CAGAAGGUGUGUCUUCUAAUUAGAAUUCCAACCUGUUCACUUUUUCUUUUUCUUUUUUUAAUUUCAAGCCAGCAUGGGAUCCCCAAGAGCGCUUUAGAACACGCUUGUCUCCAAAGCAAUGCCCUUAGGAUAAGCAGCUGCUGCGGAUUUGAAGGGAGAAAGGACCAAAGGAAGGAAGAUGUCUGCAUCCUGUCAUAUAAAGGAGAUUUCAUGGAGUAAGUCAGAGGGAUGUCUGGUUGACUUGGAUGACGGCAGCCCUGCAAGAAAUGAUUGGACAGAUGACAGAGAAAAUGAACUGGAGCUGAAGUCCCAUUGGUCUGAAGAAUUUAAGCAACGUGUCCCUGGAGCAUUUAAGACCAAUCCUUUUUGGAAUGUACUGUCAGCAUCCAAUCCUUUUUUAGACGAUGUAGCUCAGUCAAACAACAGAGAAAAAAGUGACAAGCGCAUAUCUAUCUUAAAAGAAGACCCCUAUUUAUUUUUUAGAGAUCUAAAUAACAGAGACUCUACUGCUUCAUCUGGAGACGAAUUGAAUCUUGAUUAUCUUUUUCUUCGCAAAUCUUCCAGGAGAUCGGCAAAAUCUCGGAGUGUUUCAGAUCUUUUGGAUAUUGUAGGGACUAAGACAUUUGAACUCCCUAGCACGGCACCGUCCAACCAUAUCCUGCCUCCAAACAGUGAACCUCUUCAGAAUGAUCGUGAAGCCUAUAAGACAGCGUGGUUGAAUCAAAGGCAGCUGGCUCGAUCUUGCCUGGAUUUGAAUGCAAUAAACCAGAGUCCAGGAUGGGCCCAAACCCAGUCUGUAGAAACCCAUAUAGCUUGCAAAGUGAGUCAUGAAGGCGGCUCAGUGCAGCUUCCUGACUCGGAGAUUGCGGUUCAUUUCCCCGAAGGCCACGUAGCCUUUGGAGAAUACCAAGAGGUUGGCUUACAGGCAAUCCUUGACUCCCCACCAUCGCUCAACCAUGAGUUUUCGACCACUGUGAGCCCACUGAUUGAACUGACAUUAAGUAACCUCAAUACCACAGAAGCCAUUUUGCUCGAAAUGAAAAUUGCAGCUGAGGUAAAGAAGGACCCUUUCAGUCAGGUUAUGACUGAAAUUGUAUGUCUAUGUGGUUUCACUAAAGAGGGUCCGUUUGAAAGAAUAAACAACUGUUACAUCUAUAAAGAUACUAUCCAAGUCAAGCUGACGGACCUAAGUCACUUGAUGUACAUUGUGGCUGUAGCCCAAACCAAUACAAUUAAUUCACCAGCAAGCGCUUGGGAGUAUAUACACAGAAAGCUCUCAGUUGGGAUUUAUGGACCCAAACAUAUCCACCCUUCGUUCACAGUUGUAUUUGCCCUGUUUGGCCACAACUAUGUUCCAGAGAAACUUACAGUAUGUGACAUUAAAAAGGGUGGAAAGAGCAUGCCCCCGGUGGUUUUCCAGCUCUGGGGAAAGCAUACAUUUGCACUUGAGAAGCCACAAGAUCUCAACAUUUUUGUGGCCUCUUGUGACCCUGAUUUUGAAGUGAAGGAAGAGGAUCAGAGGAAAGAAAUUAAAGAAGGGAUACUGAAAGGGGGCGGCGAAGUGAUUCACCAACACUUCCCAUUUUCUAUAAUCAACAGAAGGAAAAUACAUCUAUUUGUCUUCCGCGUCCAGGUGAAAGUCCCAAGCAACAACGUGGUGUGCCAGUUUUACAUCACAACCCCUGAGCCAGCUCCAAAGCCAUUAACUGGGGUGUUUAACAAGCCAAACCGAUUAGAAAGACGCAAGGCGGUCAACUCUGCCCCACUGCUGUCGACGCCAACAAUUAAAUAUCCAGUUUUCCAGGACAAAGCUUUACACGUUGCCAGCUAUGGUGUAGCUUUGAAGACAGUGUUGCGUCAAAAUAAAAUUGACUAUUUGCUAGAAUAUUUUAAAGGCGACACAAUAGCGCUUCUUGGCGAAGAUAAGGUGAAAGCCAUCGGACAGGCUAAAGUAAAAGAAUGGUACGUGGGCGUUCUUAGAAGAAAAGUUGGCCUCGUACACUGCAAAAAUGUCAAAGUGAUAGCCAAAGACCAAGCUAUGGAUAUUGAUGAUAGCACAAUCACAACCAAAAGCCUUCUUGAGCAAAUCGCUUUGCCUUUUAGAAAGCUGACUUAUAUCUACGCAGCAAUCUUAUCCACGGUAUCGGAGAAAAUGAAUGAUUGGAAAGCUUUAGCUGAUGCCCUUGGAUUUUCGAACAUGUCUUUGGAUGCUUUCAGUGAUGUACAAGCUGACAAAGAAUCAGAAAAAGUAGCCUACGUUGUGAAGAAGCUCAAGGAAGUCUGCCACGAUAACAGAAAUACCAGGCGUUUCCUGUACGAGCUGUCUGUUGCCCUGCUGAAGCUGGAUUGCCAAGGAUUACUUGCACGUAUCACGCAAGACACAGUCAUUUUUACAUCUGCUGUGAAGCUUGGGAAAGGCUGGAGAGAGCUGGCAGAAAAAUUAGCACGACUCACAAAGCAACAAAUCGAAGCUUAUGAAACUCCCCACCGGGGCACAAAUGGAGAUGUCCCUCCAGAGAUGAUGUGGAAACCGGCGUAUGAUUUCCUGUACACCUGGGGAGCUCACUAUGGAGACAGUUACAGAGAUAUGUUGCAAGACCUGCAGUCUGCACUGGACAAAAUGAAGAAUCCUGUGACCAAACAGUGGCGAGAAUUAACCGGAGCUCUGAUUCUAGUCAACUGCAUGGAGGUUCUCCAGGCAAGUGCUUUCUCUAAGAUGGAUGAAGACUAGAAGUCAUCAAAUUUAGAAAGGCGCCGUGGAAAUUAUCUUCCUGAAACACAAAGCAGUUAAAUGAGAGCAUUUGCAUCAAGAACCGUUUAGCUCCUCUGCCUGUGAAAAUUAUGCCUAUUGCUUCUGGCUUUUAUGGGCUUAAGCUUUUUUAAAUGAAAAGAUCAAGUCAUUUAUUUUUCAAGCAGGACCAGUUUUCCCUUGCUUUCCUUCAUACCCGUGUCCCUACAACAACAUGUCUCGAAAGGUGUUUGUGUACAGCAGUCGGUAUUUGAACAGCCUUGCAGUGGGCUGCAUGUUUUUUGGGGAAGUUUAGCACGGGAGGAAUUUGAGCUGGGCAGCAUAGUUACACUACUUAUUCAGAGCGUUUUACCUAGAAAUUGCUCCAUAUACCUGCUAUUGUCAUUCCUGAGAGAACCAGUUAGGGAAACUUUGUGCACUCCUGUGAAUACAUGGUUGCUCUGAGGUAAUUGGGAAAGCUGUUUCAUCACAUGUAGAAGGUAAAUAUAUCCUCAAUUACUUUACUACAGUAGCACCUCGGCUUACGUUACCCUUGAGUAAUGUAAACUUCGAGUUGCGAAAGUGGCAAACCCGGAAGUGUUUUGCCACACGUGCAUGCGCAGAAGUGCUCUACCGCACCGUGUGCAUGCGCAGAAGCAGUCUGCCGCCACUCGCACAGAUGUGCAGAAGCAGUUCCUCUGGUUAUGGAAACCUCGGGAUCAAACAAGAGCUCUGGAACGGACCCCAUCCGCAACCAGAGAUACUACUGUACUCAUUGGGUGUUUGGAUUCCAGUGGAAAAGGACUGUCUGAAGGCCUCUCUGCCAGGUAUCUGUAUCAUUGACCCAUGUUUCUUCAUGAAAAAGUGGUCUGUCCCCUUUGUGGAUGUCUUGUGGUAUUCAUUUCCCCCAGCGCACCAGCCUUAUCUCUCAUCCCCAGGUAAUGGGAGCCCCACCUCCAUCUUGCUGUGACCUUGCCUUCUUAUUUGGCUCUAAAGCAGAUCCAGAAUUGACAUUCUGUGACAGUGGUGACAUAUUCUUAGGGUCAGUUCUCUGCUCAGUUCUCCACUCCUCAGGGCAAAUGAAAUGUACGGUCAGCGCAUGAUUCUUAUGGAAACUGCCCACUGCCACAAAGCAAUCUGCUCUGCUGCUGUCAUAGUUUCCGAACUUGUAUCCAUAACAUGGUGGUUCCAACAUCCACUUCUGACUAUCAGGCUCUGCUUGAUACUCUUUACAUCAUGAUGACAAAUGAAACUGUUUUUAAUGAUUUUUUUAAAAAAAGUUGUCUGCAUCCACCCAGGUACGUCCAAAGAUAGAUAUUAUUUUUCCACCAUUGCAUGUGUCAAAAGUUUAAUGUACAGAUACAAUUUAUUCACAUUUUUUUGUACCUGCUGUGUUUUAUUUGUGUGGGCUCUUAAGUUGGGCAGUCCUAGCUUACAAGGGUCAAUGGCAGCUGUUGAAUCUCUGACUGCCCUGUUAGCCACCACCUCUUCUGUUUUUUGUUUUUUUAAUUCAAGAGGUACACAGCAGGGCAUUAGGGACCACAUGUAUUUGCCAUUAUUCUUGGUUUGUGUGUUCUUUGCUAAAAAACCUGUUCCACUUUUUGUUUCACUGUACUAAGAGUAUUUUUUUUUGGGGGGGGGUAUGCAUUGAGAACAUGUGUGGAUAAGAAGGCCACAGGCAGUCAUUAGUUUCUCACUACCUGUGGAUGUCUAUAAAAAGAGACUUGAGAAAAAUAAAUAGGCUCUAAACCUCAGUGCCAUUUCUGCCUUGACAAUCUUACCACAAUCUCAGCAAAAAUCUUAGUAGUGUGAAUUAAUGUUGCAAGAAAUGUGGCAGUUAAUCACACCUAAUAGUUCUAAUAUGUCACACCCAAAACUGCAAAGACAGAAAAUUUAAGAGUUCAUUUUGUUUAGCGGGGGGCUCUCUGCAUAGGCCCUGUUCAGACAUAGCAAUCUCAGACCAUUACACCAUGGUUUAUCAGCCAAUGAAAAGCCUGUGCCUGUGUGGUUGCUCUUUGAAUCUCCCCUCCCCUCAUGGUCCUGGCUUUGUAGCUUAAGAUCACAGCUUCUUUGAACCACAGUUUCCUAUUACAUCUGAUCUUGGAAUUGCUGAUUUAAUCUCUGCUUGUCGUGUUUAUUAAAUCACAGUUUCCUGGUGCAGAUGUAUCUGGAAACCAUGGUUUCAAUCAGCCAAGCAUGAAGGGAAGGAUAGGGAGGGAGUGUACAGGUUAAUGGCUCAUUCUCAGACUGGUGAGCCAUGGUUUGUGGGACCAAGAUUGCUAGUUGAAGCUUGCCCAUAGAAGUCAACAAUUCAGCCACUAAGACUGUUACUCUAGGGCAAGGUUAUAGGAUAUGAUUAUAUGCUCAGUUACUGAAACCCAGUGUCUUGAGUUCAUGAAGUUCCCUGAAUCUAGGGAGCUGGAUUCCAUGACAGUAAAACAGAUGUAGCUUUGUAUUGGGGCAUUGUGUGUGGACUCCCUCACACAUGAACAGAUUCCUUUGUGGAGGGCUCCACCUCCAUUUAGGAUGCAGGCAUAAGCAGCCAGCAUAGGAACAUGGUACUCUGUGAAGUGGCUGCAAGGGAUACUCUUAUAUGAUAUUAUAAAUGGUCCUGACAAUGCCUGGGGAGUUACCAUCAUUCUUAAAGGGACUGGGUUUCAUUUGGUCUUCCUGCUUUUUUAUAUGAGCAUUGCUAAAUUUUAUUUUGCUUGACCAAAAUUACAAAGGCCUGAUGUGAAGAAUUCUAAUGGUCUUUGUAUAACAGGUGAGGAAAAUUGCCAACAUUUUGCUUUUAUGGAAGGGAUUCCAGAUAUAGCUUCAGGUUUUUGACUACAAGGGCACCUUAAGCAAGGAAAUGAGGGGCUGAGCAAUCGUCUACGAAGGCAGCUCAUAUUGUGUUUAUUUUCAAAGUGCAGUUUUUGGAACUGAUGUUGUAAUGUUGUUUUCUGAUAUAUUGGUUUAAUACUUUAUUUAAAAAUAUAUAAGUUUUGUGUAUUUUGAUUAAACUGACUCUUUUAAUUCUGA